AUGGCGCAGGCGCCAGUCCCACUUACUCACGGCAAGCAUGAGAUGCUAGCUCCAGUCGCGCGCUUGAAUGCCAGAGUGUUUGAGUACGACCCAGUCAUCGCGUAUAUGUUACUGGAUAUGUCACAGGAAGAGCGGCUAGCGUAUUUGCCUUCCUACUGGUUGACACUUGUCAGGUCGGCUUUGCUUAAUGAUGCGCUGAUCACCCAAGCCGAUGACUGGAAAGCCGCUUCUGUCAUUAUUCCGCCCGGGAGACAUGUUGAUAACGUCUGGACACUUAUCUAUGCCGGGUUCCUCUCCGUCUUAUUCAGGAUGGGGUUUUCCGGUUUGAAGCGCCUUUGGACGGAAUUCUCGGGCAUGACCGACAACGCUAAGAGGAAGGGUCUCCACGGGCGGAAGCUGUAUUACUACAUCUUCAGCAUCGGGACCGAGCCCGAGCACCGUGGAAAAGGCCUUGCCAAAGCCAUAAUACGGGACUACAUGAGAAGGGCCCAAGCGGAGAACGUUCCAAUCUGGCUCGAAGCUACGACACCCAACUCUAGGAAGCUGUACCUCUCAAUGGGGUUCGAGGAAAUCGAGGAGGUUACACUUGGGAAGGGCAAAGUCGACAAAGACGCCAACCUUGAGCCUGGUGGCCCUGGUGUUCCCCUAUGGGCGAUGGUCUGGUGGCCCGAGCAGCCGCCGUGCCAUCCUUCUCUCUAA